AUGUUUUAUUCUUUGAUACUUUCUGGUAUUGAAACAUCCUUAAAAAAAUUUAUUGAAAAUCUUUCUAUUACCUCAACUAAUUACAAAAUUUUGGACCCACCACCAGGAUACGUUCCCAUUAGAACACCUGCUCGCAAAUUAAUGGCUACUCCAACGUCUAUGGGUGGGAUGUUGGAGGAGGGCCGAAAUCAAACUUAUGACCUACUCGCUGAAAUUCCAGUUGAAGGAACGCAAUAUUAUGCUCGUCUUCUGAAGAUAAAGAAUGGAACCUCGCCCAUGAGAAAGGCGUCACUUCGACAAAUAACUGACAAAGCUCAAGAUUCUG